AUGAUGGCUCUAGAUCGUCAAACCCCAGAAAUCUUAAAACAUAUCAAAUCAAAAAAUUCAACGUAAUCAAGCUGCAAAUGGGGACAAAAGAAAACCCCGGACCCUUUUGAACUAAACCCAUUCAUAGCCCCAUACCCCUUUGAACUAGACCCCAAGCACCCAAGCAACGGAGAGAGAGAGAGGGAGAGAGAGCAGUACCGAAGCAACGGCGGAGCUGGAACGCGGGAUGAGGAAUCUCCGUUGAAGGGGCGAGCUGGAGUCGCCGUUGAAAUUGCACAACGCCAAAGAAGAAAUCGCAAUCAGUGAAGAAAUCACACAGCGCCAAAGAGAGAUGCACAGAAAGUGGAAGGCGGGAGGAAAGUGAAAGAAGCGGGAGAAGUGCGAUAAAAUGAUAUAAAAUGAAUGGCGUGAGAGACUUUCUGACAGGAGCUGUUUUGGUGAAAUUAUGGAGAGCUCGAUACAAGAGAGAUUUUUGAGAUAUUUCUCUAUUAUUUGGUGAAAGGUUUGAAAUAGCGACUUUGAUUCUGAUGCUCUAAGAAAAGUCAACUGCUGCUGGAGCAGAUCGGCAUUUCAUUCCAACUUGCAAGAUCUUUGUGACCAUGGAUAUUGGUGGGAUUAUCAUUUCACUACUUAAUUCAUCAUGGGCGCCUGUUGCCAAACAGUUCUCUUAUUUCAGAAAUGUUCAGAAGCGCCUAGAGGCACUUCAUGUCAAUAUUGAAGGACUAAAUGGUCAAGCAAAUGACAUUAAAAUGGAGAUGGAUACGGGAAUAGCAUACUUGAAUAAGAAGCCAAAAAGUGAGGCACAAUUGUGGCUCAAACAUGUGGAAAAAGUAAAUAAUGAAGUGAGUAGCUUAGAAAAUGAAAUCAGCAUUAAAGGAAGAUGCAUGAACGGCUGUUUUCCUAAUUGUUGUUCACGUUAUAAGUUAGGAAAGCGUCUUGUACAAAAGAUUAAAGACGUGGCUGAGCUUCAAGGAACAGGAGUAUUUCCAAAUGGCUUAUUCGUUGAUUUAUUGCCAAAUGGAGGAAAUUUUAUGCCAGCAACAGGAAUAAUAGGUGAAACAAUACCGAGGAAGGUUUUGCAUGAGAUUUGGGAAUGUCUGAUUGAUGACAAUAUCAGUAGGAUAGGUGUUUAUGGAAUGGGUGGUGUUGGAAAGACAACUAUCAUGAUGCAUGUCAAUAAUCUACUCAAUGAUGCCCAGAUAUUUGAUAAUGUUUUUUGGGUGACUUCAUCAAAAGUCUUUGACUUGGAAAAAUUACAAAUUGACAUAGCAAAUGCAGCACACUUGGAUCUCUCUUACGUUGAAAAUGUGACGAGGAGAUCAACCCUAUUAUUUGAACAUUUGCAGAGAAUGAAAAAAUUUACACUAAUCAUAGAUGAUUUAUGGAGUAAGUUUCUCUUAGAAGAGGUGGGGAUUCCACAACCAAAUAAAGAUAAUGGUUGUAAGUUAGUAUUCAUUACUCGACUCAUGGAAGUCUGUCGGGGCAUGGAGACACAUAGGGAAAUCAAAGUGGAUGUAUUUUCUCAGCAGGAAGCCUGGAAUUUGUUCAUUGAUAAAGCAUGUAUGGAUGAAUUUCUUUCUCCUGCAAUAGAAUCCACAGCAAAGCUGAUUAUUGAAGAAUGUGGUCGCUUGCCACUUGCAAUCAUCACUGUUGGACGAGCCAUGAGGAAAACCAAUGAUGUGAGAGUUUGGAAAAAUGCAUUGGAAGAAUUGAAAAGCACAAGAGCAGAAAUUGAAGGCAUGGAAGAAGAUGUUUUUGCACGUCUGAAAUUUAGCUAUAACCACUUAAAAAAUGACAAGGUUCGGGCUUGCUUUUUGUACUGUGCGUUGUUUCCUGAGAACUACAAAAUUGAUGUUGAGGAGCUGAUCGAGUACUGGAUGUUAGAAGGUUUGAUAGAUGAAGUCUGGGAUAGGGAGCAUGAGAUCAACAAAGGCCAUGCAUUACUUAAGGAACUGAAAGACGCUUGCCUGCUGGAGGGUAUCGGGACAGGGUAUGUAAGAAUGCAUGAUUUGGUGAGGGAUUUAGCAAUUAGAAUCACAAGGGUGAGUCCUCGGUUUAUGGUCAAAGCUGGUGUUGGAUUGAAAACAUUGCCAACGACAUGGAUGGAAGAUGUAGAGAGGGUCUCCCUAAUGGAAAAUAACAUUGACGCUCUUCCAGAUCACUCCACUAGCAUGAAUUUAUCAACUUUGCUCCUGCAACAGAACCCCCUCUCAAAGGGCAUCCCUGAUUUAUUCUUGUUGAACAUGCAUAAUCUUAGAGUACUUGAUCUAUCUGGUUCCAAAAUUAAGUCACUCCCAGUUACACUUUCCACUUUACGGAAUCUCCGUGGACUCCUAUUACGUCUUUGUGAGCUUGAAACGUUACCUUCACUAGCAACCCUGAAAGAGCUGAGAGUGUUGGACCUGUCGUCUACUCUAAUCGAACAGUUGCCAUGUGGUAUUGAAGGCUUGGUAAAUCUCAGGCGUCUUGAUCUUUCUUAUACGGAAGAAUUAAAGAUGUUUCCUGCAGGGGUUAUAGCAAACAUGUCUCGUCUAGAAAACCUAUCGAUGUUUAAAAGCAAAUGGAGAUGGUCAUUGAGUACACAAGGAGAAGGGGAAGGAGCAGAUUUUUCAGAAAUCACUAACUCCUCACAACUAAUUGAUCUUGGUCUUUCCUUUGAGGAUCAAUACAGCUUCAACAACUAUGUGAGAUCUGGACAUUGGCGGGGGCUGAAAAGCUACCGCAUUGGAAUAGGACUUUUGUCAGGCCUUUUACCUAUUUCCAAAGGAACUUUUAGUGUAGCAGUUCAAGGCUGUAACAUCGUUACAAAUGGGAGUUCAAUCGAGAUCCCAGACAACACUCAAGAGUUGGCAUUACAGGGUUGUCAUGACAUCGAUAUUCUAUCCAAACUGUCAAGCAUAUCGAAUUUGGAUAGUCUAAAACAGUGUUACAUCUCCAGUUGUAGUGGGUUAGAGUACAUCAUAAUGGCAGAUGAAAAUUAUUUUCCUAGCCUGGAGAAAUUGAUCCUCCGAAAGCUGCUUAACGUAAACGCCAUUUGUAAUGGAACUGUGGUUGAUAGUGUAUUCUCAAAGUUAAAGACUCUGCAUAUUGAUAGCUGUAAUAGACUCAAGUACAUAUUCACAUUUGGGUUGUUACAGAGCCUCCAAAAUCUUGAAGAGGUCGAGGUGUGGAAUUGUCAUUCAGUAGAGGACAUAAUAGAAGGGGAGGAAACCAGUGGAGUACAUAGCAAUGUAUUGCCUCCUUUAAUGAUUCCAAGGCUGCAUGUCAUAUACUUAUCUUCUUUACCUGAAUUGAAAACCAUCUCUAAAAGGGCACUAGUUUGUAAUUCAUUAGAAUCCGUUGAUGUAUGGGACUGUGAGAAGCUAAAGAAGCUGCCGUUUUCAAUGGCCAACUUGCCUUUCUCUCUCAAACGCAUUGGGGGAAGCCAAAAGUGGUGGGAUGAGUUGUACUGCGAUGAGACUGGUUGUAAGAAUCUUUUGCAACCCUUCUUCAUUGAAGAUAAAUGAUUCACAAGGCACCCCAUCGUCAGGCUUUUUGGUGAAUAUGCAAGUUGCAUUCAACAAUGACUUGAUGUUGAUUCGUGGCAAAGCAGCAUUGCGUAUCUCUCAAAUGCUAUGGCUUCUAACUUUCCACGUGAGUUUGAGACUGCCUCUAUCAACAAGCAACUUUCCUAUGCUGUGUUGGUCACCACACUAAGACCAAUUGGGAAGGCAAUGCUAGAUUGCAUUUCACCACUCAUUUUCUUCACAAAAGGGAGAGCUCGGUAUUCUUGUUAGAUUACACUCGAAGAAAAGCAAGCAAGGGAUGAUACACAGGUUUUUUAAGGAUACUGGUGUCUCUCUAAAGGUGAAGGUUUGAAGCUUGACCUGUUACAGUAAAAAUUUGUGUGAGAAUAAUGGUUCCUUUUAUCUUUUUUUUUUUUUUUUUUUUGGAUGAAUGAAGGUUCCUUCUAUCUUUUAGAGGUUUAAGGCUAAAUUUUGUUCUGAAUCAUUUGACUAGCUAGUUGUUGUUUGUUUUAAUUAGACCAGCUCAUUUUGGGCAAUAAGUCCAUUUUUUUAUUUCUUUAAUUCAAUUUUUAUCUUUUUAAAGAAAAGUAUACAU